GGGCAGAUCAGACGACGUCGUUUCGUUUGGAGUUAUUCUCCCAUGUCGUCGAGCUCCCCGGCAUUCCCAAGCCCCACUUUUCCAAUCAACCGCAACAGUGUACCGAAGAACAGUAUAUGGACAUGUUACGGACAUGCUUGGAUUGAUUGGAGUAGAAAACUUGUAAGGGCUUUCCUGCUUUGCGGACAUUUAGCAGCACAAUCACGAUACUGAGAACAACUAUUUGUUCUGCAUUUUUUUGACCAGUCUUGCAGUUCAUUUAUCUGGAGAAAAUAAUUAUAAUCUCAAAUGGAUCAACAAAUUGAAGGAUUACCGGAGUACAUACAUAUUAAUCGAAAUGAUUUCUCUUAUAGAAAACAUAUAAAGCAGCAGGAGGAGGAUAUUGCAAUAUGUGAAUGCAAGUAUGAUGCUAAUGAUCCUGAUAGUGCAUGUGGAGAAGCAUGCUUGAACGUACUAACCAGCACAGAGUGCACACCUGGUUAUUGCCGUUGCGGUUUAUUUUGCAAAAAUCAGAGAUUUCAGAAAUGUGAAUAUGCUAAAACAAAGUUGUUCAGAACGGAAGGUCGUGGAUGGGGUCUUCUAGCUGAUGAAAACAUUAAGGCUGGACGAUUUGUUAUUGAAUACUGUGGAGAAGUAAUAUCAUGGAAAGAAGCAAGGGGAAGGUCCCAAGUUUAUGCAUCUCUAGGUCUCAAGGAUGCAUUUAUAAUUUCUCUUAAUGGUAGUGAAUGUAUUGAUGCCACUAAAAAGGGUAGCCUUGGCAGAUUUAUAAAUCAUUCAUGCCAACCUAAUUGUGAAACAAGGAAGUGGACAGUUUUGGGGGAAGUUAGAGUUGGCAUAUUUGCAAAGCAAGACAUAUCUAUUGGAACAGAACUUGCAUAUAAUUAUAAUUUUGAAUGGUAUGGUGGGGCUAAGGUUCGCUGCCUUUGUGGGGCAAUCAGCUGCUCUGGUUUUCUUGGGGCAAAGUCUCGUGGAUUCCAGGAGGAUACUUAUCUUUGGGAGGAUGGCGAUGACAGAUACUCAGUUGAGAAAAUCCCACUCUAUGAUUCUGCAGAGGAUGAGCCUUCCUCCAAGCUCCCCAGAGUCAUGGAUUACUCUAAACCUGAAUUUAUUUCUCAUGGGAAAGUUGAAUACACCACAGCAGUGGAUGCUAGUGUGGAAUAUGAUACAAGUGUGCGAUACGAGCAUCAAUUGGAAUCCACUGAACUUGUUGUUGAGGCAGUUGAUUCAGUUCCAGUAGACUUGGUCAUAAAUGAGAUAAAAACUGAAGUAAGUGAAGAGACAAAAUUGUUUACCGAUGGUACUCAACAGGCCUUUCCUCAAAAGAAUGCAAUGAUACCUCACAUCCAAAGUAAUAGUGCAAGCCAGAACAAUCACAUUGGGCCAGGGCAUGUGGCAAAAAAGAGAUCGAAACAUUUUCCUAAUGGAAGGUCAAAACCUGUGGCCCAAAAGCAAGUUGAUGCAAAAUUUGUUGCCCAAUUCUUAGGAUCAGAGGAGGCUCGUGAGGAGGUCUUCAAAUAUGAGGUGUUUAGUGCUAUGGAAAAGGAAAUGUGGGAACUGUUUUUCCAGGACUGCUGCAUGUCAUGUUUGAAGCACAAGAGGGAGAAUACAUGGUUGAAAAGCAAAUUCCAUGGUUGUGCAAAAUGAAAAAAAUAGUUUAUUGUGAGAUGUCAUUUCCAGAAAAUAAUCUUGCUAUGCAAGCUUUAUCUCUUUUGAUGCAUUACUUCCUGGAAAAUGCUCCUUUCUUGUCUUUGUUUCCUGCAUAACUUUAGUCUUCAAAACUUGUCAGGUUUCUUUGUGUCAGUUUCUUGAGAAUCGUCUAAUUUAAUUUUUGCAACCCAUUACCCAAGUUGAAAAUUUUUGUUCAUCAUGCAGGAAGAAAAGAAUCAGGCCUCUUCACGUCUUGACUCCAUAUAUGAUGAAAUUCGACCUGCAAUUGAAGAACAUGAGAGAGAUAGUCAAGAUAGUGUCCCAACUGAGGUAGCUAGGAAGUGGAUAGGGGCCAACUGCAGUAAAAUGAAGGCAGACUUUAAUCUUUACUCCUCUAUCAUCAGAAACAUUGUCUGUAAUCCCCGAAAACCACAAGGUGAAGCAAAAGCUUCUGAAGGAGGAGACAAUGAGAAUGAAACAAAGGAUUUGAUAACCUAACAUGCCUGUAUGGGCUGUAUAGGUGAUUUGAAUUUUUCAUAGCUUGAAGGGAUCCCAAAGUAUGUUAUCCAAACAAGUGAACUGAUCAUUGAUCCAAAAUUCCAUUUUUCUUAGCUAUCUAACUUUUGUAGGUUAGGUUAUUUGCCCAACUCUCAUGUAUAACCAUUGAUACUUGGGGUUUUCAUAAUUCAAAUGUCUUGGUCUGAAAUUGUUUA